AUGUCAGCGGUGAAACUAUCUUCGGAAGAACCCUUCGUCUACUCAAUAUUUGGGCUUCAACUGCCCGACGGCGAGGAAAGCUCUGAGAAAAAGACGCUUAAAGAGGAACUCCAUAGCCUAAUUACACCUCACGCAACUUAUAUUGAUUUAUUUGUUCAAGAUGGAUGUGCUUCAACUAGCAAGGGAAAAACCUUGAUAUGGCUCGGCUAUUGGAAAUCUCAUGCUGCCUAUCUAGCUUGGUGGGCUAGUGAAAAGGUCUCCAAUUUUUGGAAAGAUCUCCCACCUUCCGCAGGUAUAUGGAGAGAGAUCAUGUCUCCAGAUUCAUCCAGAACACAAUAUAUGACGAACAAGAGCGAGCCUGUUGGGCUAGGCCACCUUGGAACUGAAGUUUCAGUUGGUGAUAAGACCGGCUACUGGGGCUGCUAUCGGCAUAGAAUGGCUGCCCAUUCAAAAGAUGACUUCGCGUCGCCGAUUCAACGGCACCUCGAAGUCUCUCAACACAUGCCGGGCUCUCCUGGUGGAAAUCAAAUUGGGCGGGUAUUAAUGACCAAAUUUCCGGACAAUAUCCUCUUUGUGGUUGAGGGUCAAGACCAUUCAAAUAUCACCGCGGAUGAAAAGGAAUAUUGGAAUGACAACCUCGACUCCAAUGUUACGCAAUGGAUGAAAGCCCUCUUUUCAGCUGGUCCUGACUCGGGCAUCUUAGGAUCCCGGAUGUGCUAUGCGCCGGAAACUGGUGUCUUCAGAGAUUCCACGCCUAAAGCUCUCAACUACAACAAAAAGGCUCAACUUUUUUACUUCAAAGACCUGCAGCACAUGGAACGAAUGGGCCGCACGAACAAGGGACAUGCAGCAUUACGUAGCCAUUUCAUGCGUGCAUAUAGCCCCAAAGGGCCCAUGGAGUCGGGCAAGCUCGUGCUGUGGGUAGAAACAACUGUUUUAAAAAACGGGGAGAUUGAAUGCGAAUAUGUGGGGUGUGAAAAGGGGACAGGCUGGAUGGCGCUAGCAGGUCAGCAAGAGUUCUGGUGA